GGUCGUCCUGUUCGACUACAACGCGUCGCGCCAUGUGAAGAAGCAGUACGACACCGCCUCCUCCUCGAGGUUCGAGAUUGCCCACUGCAGCUACCGCUUCUUCGAGAUCCUGGGCCGCGUGCUGGUUCUCGUCGCCUACAUUUCCCUCGCUGUACGCGCUCUGGCCGUCGGGAAGAUGGCCGUGGUGAUUCUGAACGUCGGGGACUUUGUGUCUGGCAUCGCGAUGCUGUGGUGGGUCUCCAAGUGGGGCGUGUCCACGAGGUCGCUCAAGGUCCUGAUCCUCAGCAUCCCCAUCUUCAUCGUGGACGUGAGUCAUUACAUCGACGAGCACGGCUACGCGACGGCCGCCCGCAAGCUCUCGAGGCGGCUGUACGUCAUCCGGCUGGCCCAGUUCUGCGUGGCGUCCGCCAUCUACGGGACUUACGCGUGGCUGCCGGACGCGGAGGGGGUUCUGGAGGGCACCGGCGCAGCGGUGCUGCUGACCAUCAUGGUGGUGGUCCACGCGGCGUGCUUUGCCAUGAGGCCCCUCCCUCGGCCCCUGCGCUCUCUCCUGGCUAAGGC